AUGUUAGAUCAUAUGGAAUAUUCUCUUUCGUCAGAAACUUACAGCAGCACAACUCAACCAGCAGCCACAAAAAAGAAGGGGAGCAAAAACAAAAGGUUUAGCGACAAACAAAUCAAAUCAUUGGAAUCUAUGUUUGAGACAGAGCCGAGCCUCGAACCUAUAAAGAAGUUGCAGUUGGCAAGAGAGCUUGGGUUGCAGCCACGACAGGUUGCUAUAUGGUUUCAGAACAAGAGAGCUCGAUGGAAGUCAAAGCAGCUUGAGCAAGACUACAUCAUACUUCGAGCCAAUUAUAACAAUUUGGCUUCACAAUUUGAUGCUCUCAAGAAGGAGCAUCAGGCAUUGCUAACACAGUUGCAGAAGCUGAAUGAUCAAAUACAAAAUCCACCAGAGCAAACUCAUAGUUGUAGACAAGAUAAAGCAUCGAACUGCAGCAUGGACAACGAAACAGAAAAUGGAGACACCAUCAAAAGUGAACCGGAGGUAAAGCCAUGCCCGUCAACAGAAAGAUCAGAAUACUUUGGUCUGGAAGAUGAACCUUCCCUUCUGAACUUUGUUGAGCAUUCUGAUGGUUCUUUGACAUCACCAGAAGAUUGGGGUAUGUUUGAUUCAUAUGAUCUCUUAGGCCAAUCAACCAGUGAUUAUCAAUGGUGGGAUUUCUGGUCCUGAAUGAAACAGAACAAACA